ACGCUAUGCCUUGCAAAAACUCCCCGAUGGAGAAAACAAUUUCCGAUUUUGUAGAUUGGUACUUGCUUAGUGACAAAAGCCGGCAUAUCCUGCGUCAAGCUGCAUUUUGUAUGGCGUUUGGGAGAAAGAACAUCCCGCGAAAACCCUUGCCAUGAUUUGAAAAACUUGUGGACAAUACCUAAAAUAAUUUGUUUGCGGCAAUUUCUCGAGUUUAUUUUUAUUUCUUAAAUAAUGGAUGCUUCCAAUAAUUGCAAUUCUUUAGGGGCUCACAAUGGUGAACAGAACCAGGGCCACUUGGAUCAUUAUCUCAACUCCCUUACUACAUUUCAAAGCCACUCACGUGCUGAUUAUCAAGUUGGAAUUUGGCACGCAAAAGACUUUGAACUGUUAGUAGUGUUUCAAGUGCCUUAUCGCAUUUCUUGUGUGCAUGUUUAUAAAAGUUGCUUGUUGGCUGUUGGCCAUAAUAAUGGUUGCUUAACAACGUGGUCAUUAAGCCUAACAGACGGCUGCACAGGAUUGUUUCGACAUGAAUACCGUUCUCAUACUGGUGUUGUUAUGUCAGUGAAUGUGAAUUGUGAUAUUGACCUAAUGAUCAGUGGUGCAACUGAUUUUACUGCAAAGUUGUGGUCUAUCAGUUCUGGAAGUUUACUGAAAACUCUUGUUCCUCAUUCACAUUGGGUGGUUCAAGUCACCCUCCUUCCAACAUUGGAAAAUGACAAUAGCAAAACACAAUUUAGCGGAGUGCAUUCCUUACUUACUAUGACAAGAGAUCACGUACGAAUAUACUCUUGGAAUGUUCAUUCUGAAGGGAAGGAAAAAUAUGGGGAUGUCAGCACAAUUGAUAAGUCUGUUAUAGAACUCCCUUUAAAUUCUGUGCAUAAGUUCUUUACACCAGGCUGUCAUGUGGUAGAUGGUAAUGCAGUGUAUGUAAAACAAACUUUGAUAAAAGAUGAACAUGGUGAUGCAGAAAUUGUAUUUCAAAACCUCGUGACACAAAAGGUAUCCAGAAGGGUGCAGUUGAAACAGAAAGUGAGAAAAUUACUGGCUGUUGGAGAAAAAUUUGCAUUGCUGCUUCUGCCUCACAGUCAUUACUCCAAGCUCAACUUGCUUAUAAUAGAACUAUCAACAGGAAAUGUGAUUGGUGGUUGCCAUCUACCUCACUCAAGUUCCUCAACACCUGAUCUCUCACAGGUUACUCUGGGAGAAGUGGAUUGGUUGAAGGAUUUGUCUAUGCACAAACCAGACGACAUAGUCAUUGCCUUGGGCUUGCCUCGUGGCCAAGUCCGUGCUGUUACAUGGAGAAGUCUUAAGGAAGGCACUACAGGGGCAAUAAAA